AUGUUGAAAGGAAGCAAAGCUCGUCGAGAUCGUGUAAAGGAAAAAAAGAUUUAUGUAAACUCGGAAAGUUCAUACAACAACAAAGGUGGUGGCGACAAUAACAUCUCAAAUAAAGAUGACUCAUUAAACACAACCAACGAUAACAAUGCCAGUCAAGUGAAUGAGUUUAACCAAUUGAAAGCAAAAUUUUAUGAAUCGGACAUAGAGAGAGAUGGGUUAAAGAGCCUGGUCGAAACCUUAAAAAUCAAAGUCUGGCAACUUCAGCAGCAAGUAUUGAAGAAUGAGAAUUCAUCACAAGAGUUCCUUUUAUUGAAAUCACAAAAAGAGUUGCUCGAUGAACAAGUCGAAGAAUUACAAGAUAAAACUCGAGAGUGUGGGAAAACCAUUCAACAACUUAGAAGCGAAUUGGAAAGUGUUGGGCUGCAGAAUACCGAACUCUCAAGAGACAAAAUCGAAGUGGAUAUGAAAAAUCGUUUGCUCGAAUCUGAAUUACGAAGAUUACAGAAUAAAAUAAAUGAAUCCGAGAAUGAGAUUAGCAACUGGCAAUACGAGGUAGAAAGAUUAUCGGGUCGCAAUAGUAUAUUGGAACAGAAUAGAGCAGAGAUCAAGAUCGCACACGAGACCUUGGAUACCGAGUAUAAGAGGUUGCAGUGUAUAAAUGCAGAAAAUGAGCUGGAAAUAGAAACUUUGCAAUUGGAAGUGAAAAGAUUAAGGGACAUGUGCGUCACGAUGCGUCAAGAAACUGAUGAGGUGACCAAAUCCUAUGACGCAUUGAAAGCUGAAAUGAGUGCAUUAAGGCAUGUGAUUGUUGAGCAGGAUCGUAUUAUGAGGGUUAAAAGUCAAGGAGAUAAUAAUAACAUGCAUCCCGCCUAUUGCAAUGUAUGCAAUAAAUAUAUCGUCGGAAUCAGAUACAAGGUCAGCACCUAG